AUGGCAUUCCCUAUUUUCAGACCAGCCUUCGUUCUUGAAGCAAACAUCCUGGGUCAGCUGGAGACCGCAGGAACCGCGUACUUCGACACAUUUGUUGCUGUGCCUGGCACUCGGGCCACGAUCAACAGCGUGGCUGGCUUUGUGCCUGUUACCGCUGUCACCGCAGCUUACGUCGAUACAGCGUACACGGAGAUCAUCCUUGGUGAGAACAGCCGUCUCGAAACGGCUAUGCAGAUGACCACGCAAGAGGGUGUGGCCAUUAAUAUGCAUAUCUCCGGAAGCUUUAAAAUCACUUUCAAUGCCCUCAACGCAGCCCGAGAGGGGGUGUUGGGAGCAAUCGGAUUGGCUAACUUUACCUUUGAAUCACUCGAGCAUCGACUGUUCGUCGGAGAGGGUUACCUUUUCAUGGGGUCAGAUAACCGCCUGGAUGCUCGAUACAGCGUCAGCGUGGGUGAGGUGGCCCGCCAGUGA